GAACAUAAUCGUAGUUGUCGUGACCCCAGUCCAACCUAUCUAUCUAACCUUACAAAUUUGCAGACAACUGUGUUAGAUGGUAUUCUCCUGUAAGAAAACUGUUAGAUACUAUUUUUUUACUUCUUCCCUUUAAUUAUAUAAUGCCAGAUAGCAACAGGAGUAGAAAACUGCGAUCGGCGAAGAAACGAAGCAAAUAAUCGAAAUGGAAAAAGACAGGAAGAGAGUGGUGAUUCUUGGAGGUGGCGUUGCAGGAUCCGUCGUCGCUAGAUCUCUUCAAUUCCAUGCCCGUGUCACCCUCGUUGAUUCGAAGGAAUAUUUUGAGAUUCCAUGGGCAAAUUUGAGGUCAAUGGUUGAGCCAUCUUUUGCAGAGAGAACGUUGAUCAAUCACAGAGAUUACCUUACCAAUGCCGAUAUCGUUACGUCCGAAGCCGUCAAUAUUACAGAAACUGAAGUGUUGACUGCAGAUGGCCGUCGAAUUGGCUAUGAUUAUCUUGUUAUUGCCACUGGUCGUGCAGAUUCUGUCCCCAAAACUAGGAGUGAAAGACUUAAUCAGUUCAAUGAAGAGAAUCGAAAGAUAAAAUCUGCUCGUUCCAUUCUGAUUAUUGGAGGAGGUCCCACUGGUGUGGAACUUGCCGGAGAGAUAGCUGUUGAUUUUCCAGAUAAGAAGGUUAUACUAGUACACAAAGGGUCGAGGCUGCUGGAGUUUAUAGGGGCAAAAGCUGGGCAUAAGGCUUUAAAAUGGUUGAAAUCAAAGAAUGUUGUGGUGAAACUAGACCAAAGAGUUAACUUGAAUGGAUUCACAGAUGGACAAAAGAUAUAUCGAACUUCAAUAGGAGAGACAAUUGAAGCAGAUUGUCAUUUUUUAUGCAUGGGAAAACCACUUUCUACUGCAUGGCUGAAGGAAACUGUGUUGGAGAAUGAUUUGGAUUCUCAGGGAAGGAUCAAGGUAGAUGAAAAAUUAAGAGUCAAUGGACGGGGCAACAUUUUUGCAAUAGGAGAUAUUACAAAUAUUCCAGAAAUCAAGCAAGGGUUUUUGGCACAGCAGCAAGCUGAAGUUGUUGUGAACAACCUGAAGGUGAUAAUACACGGAGCAAGAGAAUGUAAGAUGGAAACUUACAAGCCACAUUCAGCAAUUGCAAUAGUUUCACUUGGGAGGAAAGAAGCAGUGGCACAGUUACCAUUCUGGACAAUCACUGGAAGAAUUCCAGGAUUCAUUAAGUCUGGAGAUUUGUUUGUUGGUAGAACAAGAAGACAAAUGGGACUCAGUUAUGAUAUUGUAAAAGCUUGACGCUAAAUUGUGUGCAUGGUGUGUACAUAAAUUACAAAAUCAGUCCGUUUCAUAGUUUGUGCUGUAGAUUGGUGUUUUUCAAUUUGUUUUUCCUUUAAAGAAUACAUAUGUACGUGAAAUAUCUUUAUGCUUAAAUGGUGUUUCCUGGAA